AUGACCCCUUUAACUGUUGCUGUUGGCGAAGCAAAGCCAGGAGAAACUGCACCAAGAAGAAAAGCAGCUCAAAGAGAUGCUUCUGUUACUCGUCCAGCCGAUUCAAAAGCUACCACUAUGCCUGAACUCAUUGAAGAAUGUUUUGAAAGAAACGGUAAUAAACCAGCAAUGGCUUGGAGAGAUUUGAAAGAUAUCCAUGUAGAAACAAAAAAAGUUACUAAAAAAAUCGAGGGUGAAUGCCAAACUAUUGAUAAAGACUGGACUUUUUACGAAAUGGGUCCCUAUCAAUAUAUCAGCUACCCCGAUUUAUUAACUUUGGUUAAAAAUUACUCAAAGGGUUUGUUAGCAUUGGGGUUGAAACCAAAUCAAGGAAGUAAAUUGAUGGUUUUUGCUCAAACUUCUCAUAGGUGGAUGCAAACGUUUUUAGCUUGUUCGUUUCAAAAUAUCCCUAUUGUCACUGCUUAUGAUACUUUGGGUGAAAAUGGUUUAACUCACUCUUUGGUACAAACUGAAGCAAAUGCUGUAUUUACCGAUAACGGCUUGUUAUCUUCAUUAGUAAAACCGUUGCAAAAAGCCAAAUCUGUUAAAUAUAUCAUUCAUACCGAAUCUAUUGAUCCAAAUGAUCAAAGACAGGGUGGUAAAUUGUACGAAAAUGCUAAAAGUUCAAAAGAAAAGCUUUUACAAGUUCGUCCAGAUUUACAGUUUCUUUCACUUGAAGAAGUUGUUGAAUUGGGUGCUAAAAGCGAGCAACUGUUGCAUUUACCAAAAGCUGAUGAUUUAUGUUGUAUCAUGUAUACUUCAGGUUCAACAGGUGAUCCAAAAGGUGUUUGUAUCACCAAUGCAAACUUGUUGGGAGCAGUUGCUGGUAUCUCAACAAAUGCCGGUAGAGACUUGGUUGGUCCAACCGAUUCUGUGGUUGCAUUUUUACCAUUGGCGCAUAUUUUUGAAUUGGCUUUUGAAUGUGCUGUUUUUUGGUGGGGUGUUCCAUUAGGUUAUGCAAAUGUAAAGACAUUAACUGAAGCUUCAGUGAGAAAUUGUAAACCCGACUUGAUUGAGUUUAAGCCUACUAUUAUGGUUGGUGUUGCUGCUGUUUGGGAAUCUGUUCGUAAAGGUGUUUUGGCUAAAUUGAAAAAAGCUCCUCCUUUACAACAAAAGUUGUUCUGGGCUGCUUUUUACGCCAAAUCAAGUUUACAUAAAUGGCAUAUCCCUGGUGGAUCUCUUUUUAAUGUAAUUUUCAAAAAAGUCAAGGCUGCUACUGGUGGACAUUUGAGGUAUGUUUUGAAUGGUGGAUCUCCUAUCUCGAUCGAUGCUCAAGUAUUUGUAUCAACUUUGAUUGCGCCAAUGUUGUUGGGAUACGGAUUAACUGAAACUUGUGCAAUGGGUACCAUUGUAGAAUUUAAACACAUUGAAUAUGGAUCAUUGGGAAGUUUAGUUGGUUCAGUUACAGCCAAAUUGGUUGAUGUUCCUGAUGCAGGUUACUUUGCCAAGGAUAAUCAAGGUGAGAUUUUAUUGAAAGGUGCACCUGUGGUUAAGGAGUAUUACAAAAAUGAAAAGGAAACCUCUGAAGCUUUUACUGAGGAUGGAUGGUUUAGAACCGGUGACAUUGGUGAAUGGUCAAGCAAUGGUGCAUUGAGAAUUAUUGAUAGAAAGAAGAAUCUUGUAAAGACUUUGAAUGGUGAAUAUAUUGCAUUGGAAAAAUUGGAAAGUGUAUACCGCUCAAAUCAAUUGGUUCAAAACCUUUGUGUUUAUGCAAGUCAAGAUAAAGUUAAGCCUAUUGCUAUUGUUGUUCCAGUUGAAGGAUUUUUGGAUCAGUUGGGAUUUAAUGUAGAAACAUCGUAUGAUGACCGGAAAUUGUUGAGGGCAUUUUUGCACAGUUUAUUGGAAACUGGUAAAAACCAAGGAUUAAAAGGAAUUGAAUUAUUGGAAGCAAUUGUAAUUGUUCAUGAUGAAUGGACUCCUGAUAAUGGAUUUGUUUCAAGUGCACAAAAAUUACAAAGGAAGAAGAUUUUGAAAACCUAUGAAACAGAAGUCAAAAAAGCAUAUGGAGAUGACUAA